CACAUUAACAUCGGCCACGUCAGUUGACUACUUUUAUGGAGAGAAUUGUUGGGGGAAAGAGUCAACCUUUGAAUACUUGCUAUUAUUAGAGAAAGUUGAAUAUAGAAAACAAACCUUGUGUGAAGACUAGAAAACAUGGAUGUAUGGGGAGAAAAUUAUCUUCGACCUCCCAAACGAGCCAAUAACAUGAAAAACGCGUCCUCUUUGCGUAUAUGUGGGCCAUCUAUACCAAGGAAGAGGUCCUACUGCUUGUGUUGUCACUUGAACGACUUGAAAAAGACGAAACCUUUGUUUCAGUGGUCACUACUAUUGUAUCUUUUCUUUCCUCUUAUUCCCCUCUUGUCAUUCGGUCUCGCCAACAAGAAAUGGAGUCAUUCAACUCCUCCUUUCUCUAGAAAGAGCUUUCUACGAUACUUGUUGCUUUAUUUUCAACAAUUAGGUGCAACUACAAAGAAGGAAGUGAAGCAAAGGAUUGGAAAGAUUGAUGAAAGGGACCCUCGAACCUAUCCCGUGUUGAUGCACAUAGAACAAUAUCUCGCAAAGCAAAUGGAAAAAGGUCGAGAGGUAGAAACCAAGAUCUCUUGUAAGAAACAUAAAGAGAACAUACUCUCCAUUCAUAAUCAAUGGCUUAGUGACGCAAGAGUUUUAAGAUAUCUCGAGGCCUGUAAUGACCCGCAAAAGGCAGCAGAGAAGUUGGUAGAAACCUGGCAAUGGAGAUGUUCGCUUCCCAACAAUGCUAAUUUACUUAAAAAGCUACAUUACUAUGUUGCUAUUGGCGACUUUCGUUUUAUUGGAAAAGAUCAACAGGGACAUCCCGUUGUUUAUAUUCAUUGCAAUAGCGACAAAUUCGACUUGGAAUUUUUAUCUUGUAUUUUGGAAACGUUGGAUACUUACUUGGAUGAAAACGGUGCUUAUGCUGGAAGUUGGGUUUGGAUUCUGGACUGGAGAAAGAGACAACCUGAAAAGAAGGAAGACAGCAGUUCAGUUUUACCCAUAGAAAACAACAAAAUGGGAUCCUUUUUGGAUGCAGUUAAAAUAUGUACAAAGCACUAUCCUGGACGUCUACAGAAAGCUUUCGUGAUUGGUGCUCAUGGGCCAUUAUUGACACUCUUUCAUAUGUUUGCCCAUCGUGAAACCAAAAAGAAAGUUGUUUUUCUUCAACAGGUCAACUCGACUACAACAUCUUCGGAGCAAGUUGAAGAAUUGAUGAGUCGUAGUCAUAGAACGGAAGAGUUUAAUCGGGCUCUUGCUAAUGCAGGUUUUCUUUGCAGUUGUAGUAAUACUUUCAACUCGCAUUCUCAUGCCUCACAAGAAGAGAGUUCAACUGUAAUGUUCAAUAACUUUACUAGUUUUUCUAGAAAAGCUUGUUGGCUUGUCAUGAUAUUUACAUUAUUAUUGUUGUUGUUGUCGGUAGGAGUCCUGAUUUUCGUUGAGUUUUUUGGGAAUAUCUUGAGUUGUACACGAUUAUAUCCCAACAUUAACUUCACUCUUAUAUCGCGUUACAAAUCUAUUGAACUUUGAUAGAUACUUUGGGUAGGACAAAUGCAAAAGGCUCUCACAGGAUAUUUUAAUGGGUUCAGAUUAGGUGUUGUGUUUCGGUU